AUGCCCCGCAAGAUUAUCAUUGAUACAGACCCUGGAGUCGACGACGUGCUGGCGAUCCUCCUAGCACUGGCGUCGCCCGAGUUGGAGGUCGCGCUGAUCACGCUCGUGGCUGGCAAUACCGAUGUUGGCCACACACACGACAACCUCCUCAAGAUGUACUACCAGCUGGCGCGCGAGCGCGAGCAGCAUCCCGUCGCCAAGGAGCGGUAUCCGCUUGCGAACCGCACUGUCGUCGCCGUCGGUGCAGACUACCCUAUCCGCGGCGAGAAGCAUGUCGCGACGUACUUUCACGGCCGCGAUGGCCUAUCCAACAUCUCUGUGACUCACCCCGAGUUCACGCCACCUGAGGGCACCGAGUAUCCGCUCGAGCUGAGCAAUAAGCACGCAUACGAUGAGAUGCUCGCGCUUCUCGCGGCCGAGCCGGCAGGGACCGUCACGAUCGUCGCGCUUGGACCAUUGACGAACCUUGCUCACGCAUACAGUGCGGACAAAGAAACGUUCUGUCGCGUCGGCGAGGUCGUGUGGAUGGGCGGAGCGCUCGACGUACCGGGCAACACCUCUCCUGUCGCCGAGUUCAACUGCUUCGCCGACCCAUACGCGUUCGACAUCCUCCGUAUCGCGGCCAAGGCCGGCGAAUUCACCUUCGUCUUCGCGCCGCUCGACGUGACGACGCACCACACUGUUCCAUUCAGCGACCUCCUCCACGAGGGCGAGGGCACAACCCCGCUGGAGUCGUUCACCACGGCCUUUCUCCACCGCGUACGCGGGCUGCAGGCGCGCUUCGGUCUGCCGGACGCGAUGGAGAUGCACGACCCCGUCGCGGUGUGGUACGCGAUCGAGAACGCACCGAAGGUGGUUGGGAAAGGAUGGGCUGUCACGGGGCGCGAGUUUGGCAUCGAGCGAUGCGGAGAGAUCACGCGUGGCAUGUGUGUCGUCGAUCGCCGAGGUUCUGGUGAGGGUGACGGCAAGAAGCGCACCGAGGACGAGGUGCUGCUCAAGGGAGACGUCCCGCUUUCGAGGAAGGAGCAUGCCACAGCGACACACCUUCACGACCUACACGCACCGGUGACGAUUGACGACGAGGAGUCUGAGGCUGAGGGUGUGAAAGAGAAGCCCAAGUCCCUCCCCUUGGCGAUUACUGGUACGCCUGGCAGCGCGGCCCUCCGCUCCAAGCUCCUGUCUCGCGUGUUUGGUCAUACCGUUUAG